UAAUUGCAAUCUUUCUUCAACAUUUUCCUCCGGGUUCUAAACUUUUUAAUACAGUUCUUCUUUAGGUGCAGGUCGGCUCGAACUAUGCAGUUCCUUAGAACUGGGUGGUUUAACUCCCACUGCAGGUCUUCUGAAACAAGUUAAGAACAAGUGCAAUGUGCCUGUGUACUGUAUGCUUCGCUGUCGAGGAGGAGAUUUCGUUUACAGCGACAGUGAAAUGGACACUAUGCUUGAAGAUCUUAAAGUUUUAUCAACGUUUGGAGCCGACGGAUUUGUAUUUGGAGCACUUACCGUUACAAAUGAGGUAGACAUUGGCAAUUGUCAACGAAUAACUGCUGCAGCAAAACCUCUACCAGUAACCUUCCACAGAGCCUUUGAUCACUGCAAUAACUGGCAAAAAUCUAUUAAUUGUAUAAUAGACGCAGGCUUCAGCACCAUUUUAACCAGGUACCAUACGGUAAAAUUUCUUUCAGUGGCUUUUAAACGGCAAUCAAUAAUUCCAUUGCAAGCAAGUUACAUUUCUUUUUCAUCUUCUAGUUGCAAGCAAAAAAUUGUUACCGAAGGAGUCAGCUUGUUGCGAGAGAUCACCAAAGAAUAUAAGGGAAGGAUUGAAAUAAUGGCUGGGUCUGGGGUAACACCAGAAAACAUAUCUGUGCUUCUAAAAGAAGCUCCGGACUUAGAUGCAGUCCACAGCUCUGCUUCCGUGCCACGAAAGAGUUUACAAGCUGCACCCAAUACCACAAUACCCUUGGGUACCUUUGAUGGAAAUAACCAGAAAGAAACUUCCAAAGACAUCGUAUCACAGUUAGUCGCAGCAGCAAAAACGAAAUGACU